AUGGACCCUUCUAAAACAUAAAUGUUAAAAUUAUCGUAAUCUACCAAGGAGAGAGUAGAGGCAGCAAAAUAAUACAUUGAGAAGAAAUACCAAAAGCUACUUUAUGAAUAAAAAGAAAAAAGAGAGAAGUGGGAACAAUUAAUUCAAAAAUUGACAAAUCUAAAUUAUACACCAAUUGAGCAAUAAGUUAUUAAACAAGACUUGCUUCAUAAGGAGGCUGAGAUUUUGAGAUUACAAAGACAAAAACUAAGCAUAAAAGACUUUGAACCAAUAGAAAUAAUUGGAAGAGGUGCCUUUGGUGAAGUAAGGUUGUGUAGAAAUAAAUUGUCUAAUGAUAUAGUUGCAGUUAAGAAAAUGAAAAAGUCUGAAAUGCUUUAUAAAAACUAAGUUUGUCACGUAAGAGCAGAAAGAGACCUUUUAGCAGCAUCAGAUAAUGCAUGGAUAGUUUAAUUAAAAUGCUCAUUCCAAGAUGAAAAAUAUCUGUACUUAGUAAUGGAAUACUUGCCCGGAGGAGAUUUGAUGACAUUAUUAAUGAAGAAGGACAUCUUUACUGAGAAGGAAUCAUAAUUUUAUAUGGCAGAAUCAAUAAUGGCAGUGGAUUCUGUACACAAAUUAAAAUAUAUACAUAGAGAUUUAAAGCCAGAUAAUAUUUUAUUAUAAGCAGACGGACACAUAAAAUUGAGUGACUUUGGAUUGUGUAAAUACGUAGAAUCAAGAGGAACGAGAUUAGAUGAGAGGAUCAGCAUACAUAAACCAGAGGAUAAAGGAGGUAACACAACUACCUUCAAGAGAAAUAGAAUUAAGGCAUACAGUACAGUAGGCACUCCAGAUUAUAUUGCUCCUGAAGUGUUCGGAAAGUCUGGUUAUAAUGAGACAGCCGAUUGGUGGUCACUAGGAGCAAUUCUAUUUGAAAUGUUGGUUGGAUAUCCACCAUUCUUUUCUGAUGAUCCCUCAUCAACUUGUUAGAAGAUUAUUAAUUGGAAAAAAACACUUGUUAUUCCCCAAGAAGCUAAGCUAUCUCCUGCUGCUACUGAUUUAAUAUUAAGACUUAUGACAGAUGCUUCUAAUAGACUAGGAGUAAAUGGAGUCAAUGAGAUUAAAGCUCAUCCCUUCUUUGCUGGAAUCGAUUGGAAAAAUCUAAGAUCCAAAGUAUCACCUUAUAUACCUGAAAUCAAAUCUGAAUUGGAUACUAGGAACUUUGAUAAGUUUGAGGAAUAAGAACCCUGGGUACCUUAGGAUUCUGGUAAAUCAGUUAGAAAAGAUGUGAACUUUAUAGGAUAUACUUUUAAUAGAGAAGUCGAAGUUCAAAGAUCUUAUCUACUUUAAGCCUUGCUGGAUCUUGAUUCUUUAUAAACACAAAAGACAGUACCUACUGAGUCAACUUUGAGUAAAUCGUAAGAAAAGAAAGAUACCUUCUUUAUGCCCAAUUUACCUAACAGUAUUUCAUUGGAUCCAGAAUUAUAAAGCAAACUAUUGAAAACCUAAAAACUAUUACAAAAUACCAAAUCAAAACCUCUUAUGAGCCAAAAAGAAUUAUCAACUACUCAGAAAUCAUAGCAAUAAUUAAGUUUGAGUCCUACACAUUAAAACUUCAAUUAAUAAAACUAUUUGAAAUAAUUAAUCAGUCCAUAAAAUAAAAAAAGUGCUAUUUCACCUUAAUCUAAACCUGUAAGUGAACAUUAUAACCCAACCUUGGCCUAACUGUAUAAAUAAUUUGAAGUUCAAAAAUAAGCAAGUAAUACACAAAGAGUGUAACCCAAAUCCUAGAUUUAAAUGCCUAUUAAUAGUAAUUUAAAUAAAAAAUGAUAAGCAAUACAAAUAUAAAAUAAUGAUCAAUUUUUUCCCUAAAA